AUGAUAUAUAUUGUUUGUAUCUUUGUUAUUUUUGGACUUUAUUUAUUGAAAGGAUAUUUAAGGUCUAGACACGAACCACCGUCUCUACCUAGUGAUCUCCCUAUAUUAGGACAUGUACAUCUAUUAAUUGGUGGUGGUUUACGUUUAUGGGAAUCUAUAAAAACAAUAUCACAUGAAUGCUGUAAAGCUGGAGAUGUUGCAAAGCUCUCAUUGGGUCCUAUUAAAUGUUAUGUUUUAACAGAUCCAGACGAUAUUAAGAUUGUUGCGAACUCGUGUUUUGAGAAGGGCUUUUUAUAUGAUUUUGCUAAACCGUGGCUAGGGGAGGGCUUGCUGACUGCACCAGUUACAAAAUGGAAAACUCACCGAAAAUUACUAAAUACGACAUUUAAUCAGCAAGUUUUAGAUGGAUUUUUGGAUGUAUUUAAUAGACAAUCGAUGCUUUUACUUGAACAAUUGGCUAUGGAAGAAGGAAAAGGAUCUUUUGAUCAUGAAAAGUAUAUAAUGCGAAACUCCUUGGAGACAAUAUAUCUAACAGCAACGGGUCUAGAUUUAAGAGCCGAGAAAACACUCAACGCAAAAUAUGUGACCGUAACGGAUAAAGUUCUCAGAAGCGUGAUUCACAGAAUUCAAAAUAUAUGGUAUUACAAAGAUUUUAUUUGGAAUAUGAGCAGUACAAAAAAGCAACAAGAUAAAGAUAUUGAGUUCUUACACGGUGUGUCAAACAUGAUCGUAAAGGAACGUAAGCAGUAUCAUUCAAGUCCUAUUAAGAACUCAGGUUGGUUAAACACCAAAAAGUGCAUUUCAUUUAGCUUAUUAUUUCAUUUUUUUAAAUAUUUUCGUCUUACAGGUAAAAAUCUUAAAUCAUUUGGCGAUCUGCUAUUCGAUCUGGAAGGUUCGAAUGGCAAAAGCGCUUUCUCAAAUCAGGACGUUAUAGACCACGUUAAUACUUUGAUCGUAGCUGGUUAUGACACUAUUGCAACAAAUCUUGUAAUUACACUUCUCUUAAUUGGCUCGUAUAAGGAAGUUCAAGAUAAAAUUUACAAAGAGCUUGAAGAUGUGUUUGGGCAGUCCGACAGGGAUGUUGAAAAGGAAGACUUACCACGUCUUACAUACUUGGAGGCGGUUAUAAAGGAAUCUUUGAGGCUAUACCCAAUUGCUCCUAUGAUAACCCGACUUAUCGACAAGGAUUUAAAAUUAAAAAAUUAUACUUUAUAUUCUGGAAAAAUAUGUUUGUUAUCCAUCUAUGGUGCACACCGACAUCCUGUGUGGGGUGAAGAUGCAAAUGAUUUUAAGCCGGAAAGGUGGCUAAACCCCGAAACCUUGCCAAAGAGUCCAAAUUCUUUUUUAGCUUUUAGCGUGGGAAGAAGAAAUUGUAUAGGUAAAGCUUACGCGAUGAUGUGGUUGAAGACAAUUAUUUCACAUUUUUUGCGUAAAUAUCUAGUUACUGGCGAUCACAAAAAAACUGUGCUAAAGUUCGAUUUCCUGCUUAAACCUUAUUCCGGCCAUUACAUUGCUAUUGAAAGAAGAAAGUGA